CCCGGGAAGAGAUACACAAAUCUUACUCAAGAAAAAAAUAAAAUAAAAAAUGUUCUCUCAGAUGAAUGAAGAUUCUCUGGGAAUGUCUCUAUAUUAAAAUAUAUCUUUCAUUUUGAUCUUCAUCCUCUUCUUUUUUUUCGUUCUUGAUUUUCUUGUUUCUUGAUCUGUCUUUUGUUUUUUCAAAACGAUGGGACUUUGCCUCUGUUUGUUAGCAACUCCGGCGACAUUGUUUUGGACGACGAGUUUCUUCCGCCACAAACUCUUGAUUCUCUAACGAAUUGUUUAUUCACAUCAUCCCACUUAGUAUCACAUUUUUAGGUUUUUCAUUUCUUCUUGAUUUUUACUUUAAACAUCUCAAUGGAUCCAAAACACGAUCGAGAAUCAAGAUCAAGAUCGGCUCCAACAGGUGAAAUCGAUAAUCAACCGGCUGAGAAAAAGCGCCGACUAACAUUUGAACAAGUGAAUAUGUUGGAGAAGAGCUUUGAAGAAGAGAACAAACUGGAACCAGAGAGAAAGACUGUGCUAGCUAAAAUGCUUGGAUUGCCUCAACGACAAGUAGCUGUUUGGUUUCAGAAUCGAAAAGCUCGGUGUAAGGUCAAGCAGAUCGAAAGAGAUUAUGAUGUUCUUAAGGCUUGUUAUGAUUCCCUCCUGGCUAAACAUGAAUCAGUUGUCUCCGAGAAUGAGAAACUCAGAUCUAAAGUCUUAACUUUGACUGAGAUUCUACGUCCUGCAACAAACCAAACCCAAAGACACUUCCAGCACAAGCUUAAAUCUAAAACUGAUGAUGAAACUAUGAGCUCUUCCACUGCUUUAGUUCCAUUGGCAAAUGACUAUUACUUCACCCACAUUGAUGAAUCAUUCGACUGGUGGGUUUGGCCAACGGUUUAGAUAAUAAGUUUAUGUUCUAAACAUGGGCAAAGGUUGAGUAGACUAUAUAACAUAGUGUUGAGUUGUUGACAUAUGAUAAAUAAGAGUUUUAUAAAACCACAUAUUACAAAUAACUAUUUUAAUAUAAUAGAUAUUACAUGGAUCCAUUAUUAGCUUCUACUAAUUUUUCUGUUAUACUUAUUUUUAUUUAUGUAAAUCAAUCAAAAUCUAGUCGGUG